AUGCUGGAGGCCCCACCCCUGCUGUGGGCAGCCUUUUUAUUGGGCCUGUCCCUGCUGGGGCUGCUGAUGUUCCUGCGGGGAGGACCCAGUGGCCUGCUCCUCAUCGGCUGGAACGAGUUCGUCCUGCAGCCCGUGCGCAACCUGCUCAUGGGGGACAGCAAGGAGCAGCGCAUCCUGCGCUACGUGCUGCAGCACGCGGCGGCCGGGGACCCGCAGAGCGUGCUGGACGCCAUCGACACCUACUGCUCACAGAAGGAGUGGGCCAUGAACGUGGGCGACAAGAAAGGCCAGAUUGUGGACGCGGUGGUACGGGAGCAGCGCCCCUCCGUGCUGCUGGAGCUGGGGGCGUACUGCGGCUACUCGGCCGUGCGGAUGGGCCGUCUGCUGGCUCCCGGCGCCCGCCUGCUCACCAUCGAGCUCAGUCCCGACUACGCCGCCAUCACCCAGCAGAUGCUGGACUUCGCCGGCCUGCAGGACAGGGUCACCGUGAUCCUUGGGGCGUCCCAGGACAUCAUCCCCCAGCUGAAGAAGAAGUAUGACGUGGACACGCUGGACAUGGUCUUCCUGGACCACUGGAAGGACCGGUACCUGCCGGACACCCGCCUCCUGGAGGAGUGCGGCCUGUUACGCAAGGGGACGGUGCUGCUGGCCGACAACGUCAUCUGCCCGGGGACGCCGGAGUUCCUGGCGUACGUGCGCGGGAGCAGCCGCUUCCACUGCACGCACUUCUCCUCCUUCCUGGAGUACUCCCAGACCGUGGACGGCCUGGAGAAGGCCGUCUACAUGGGCCCCGGCAGCCCGGCCCCGCCUUGA